AUGUUCACCCAUCAGCCCACCUGGGAUGAUUGUCAGCAGCUCUUGCCUAUCUUAUUCACUACCGAAGAAAGAGAGAGAAUCCAGGUGGGAACAAGGAAGCUGGUUCCCGGAGACGAUGGCAGACCAACCGUGAAUCCAGACCUCAUCAAUGCGAGUUUCCCUUUAACUAGGCCCAACUGGGACUACAACACGGCCAAAGGUAGGAAACGGCUACUCAUUUAUCGCCAGACUCUAAUGGCGGGUCUCAGGGCUGCUGCCCGCAAGCCCACCAAUUUGGCCAAGGUAUAUGCAGUUUUGCAAGCAUCAGACAUUAAAAAGAAACUACAGAAACUAGAGGACCUAGAGGGCAAACAGAUUCAAGAUCUACUCCGCAUUGCACAACGGGUUUAUAAUGCCCGAGAUACCCCGGAGGAUAAGCAACUCAAACGUAGACUGCAACCAUGGAGAACAAAACCCAGCCCCACUCUGGUUACCCGAGAUUCAGAAUAGAGGGUACGGGGUUCGGAUCCCCUCCCCAAGCCCAGGGUAACCCUACAAGUGGAGGGGAAUCCUGUACAAUUUCUGGUUGACACCGGAGCUCAACAUUCAGUGUUGACCGGAUCCCAUGGAGAAGUUUCAGACAAAUUUUCCUGGGUCCAGGGAGCCACUGGGACUAAAAGGUACCCUUGGACAACUCAACGGACUGUUAACUUAGGUACAGGAGAAGUAACUCAUUCAUUCCUCAUCAUCCCUGAUAGCCCUUGCCCUCUGUUGGGAAGAGACUUACUCACCAAGAUGGGAGUGCACAUUUAUUUUCAACCCCACGGCCCCACGGUAACUAGCUCUCAGACCUUGCCAUUAUCAAUACUCACAAUGCGUUUGGAGGACAAACAUCUACUCCACCAAACCACCCCCCCUUCCCAGGAACUCAACAUUGAGUCCUGGUUUCACCGAUUCCCUAAAGCCUGGGCAGAAACAGGAGGCAUGGGGCUGGCUAGACAUCUGCCGGCCCUCUUCAUAGAGCUAAAGCCUGGGGCUGACCCCGUCCGAGUCAAACAGUACCCCAUGCCCAUGGAAGCCGAAUCGGGCAUCACCCCACAUAUUAGACAUCUCCUGGACUCAGGUGUGCUACGCCCCUAUCACUCGCCCUGGAACACACCUUUGUUACCAGUGCGUAAACCCAAUAGUGGGGACUACCGACCUGUACAAGACCUAAGGGAAGUUAAUAAACGGGUUAUGGACAUACACCCUACUGUCCCUAACCCCUAUACUCUUCUCAGUGCCCUGGGGCCCACCAGAAUAUGGUACACAGUUCUUGACUAAAAGGAUACUUUUUUUAGCUUUCCCUUGGCCCCCAAGAGCCAGGAUCUUUUUGCCUUUGAAUGGACAGACCCUGAGAGAGGUAUAAGUGGACAGUUGACAUGGACUCGCCUCCCACAAGGGUUCAAAAACUGGCCCACCCUGUUUGAUGAGGCCCUCCACAAGGAUUUAAGUGAAUAUAGAAAGCAAAACCCUGAUAUAACACUCUUGCAAUAUGUAGAUGAUCUCUUAAUAGCUGCAGAUUCCCAACAGGCCUGCCUACAAGGAACUGAAAACCUCCUCCAGGCUCUCGGCGACCUGGGGUACUGGGCCUCAGCGAAAAAGGCCCAAAUUUGCAAGUCUGAGGUAAUGUACCUGGGAUACUUAUUGAAAGGGGGACAAAGAUGGCUCACUGACGCCCGCAAGAACACUGUACUCCGCAUUCCCCGACCUGCUACACCACAGCAGGUAAGAGAAUUCUUGGGGACGGCAGGGUACUGUCGAUUGUGGAUACCGGGCUUCACUGAGAUGGCCAAACCCCUGUACGUAGCCUUUACUCAGCAGACCUUUGAGUGGACGGAAGAGGCAGAACGGGCUUUCCAACAGGUGAAAAAGGCCCUCCUUUCAGCCCCGGCGCUAAGACUGCCAGAUGUAUCCAAACCAUUCCACCUAUACGUGGAUGAACAUAAUGGGGUGGCUAAGGCGGUGUUGACCCAACAUCUAGGCCUCUGGCCUAGACCCAUAGCAUACCUGUCAAAGAAACUAGACCCAGUAGCAGCAGGAUGGCCCCCCUGCCUCCGAAUGAUAGCAGCCACUGCCUUGAUGGUAAAGGACGCUGAUAAACUGUCACUGGGUCAAGAAUUAUGAGUGACCACUCCACACGCCAUUGAAAGUGUCCUCAAACAGCCCCCUGACCGAUGGAUGAGCAACGCUCGCAUGGUCCACUACCAGGGACUAUUGCUCAAUCCUACGAGGAUAGUCUAUACUUCCCCUCAGGCCCUAAACCCCGCAUCACUACUGCCUGACCCAGACCUGGAUGCUCCCCUCCAUGACUGUAUUGACAUCUUAGCCCAGGUCCAUGGGCUACGGGAAGACCUGCAGGACUAUCCCCUAACAGACGCUGAAGUUGUUUGGUUCACUGAUGGCAGCAGUUUCGUCCGCGAAGGACAAAGGUAUGCAGGGGCCGCAGUCACAUCAGAGACGGAAAUUAUCUGGGCUGGUGCAUUGCCUCCGGGCACCUCAGCGCAAAAAGCCGAGCUAAUCGCCCUGACACGGGCCCUCAAAUUAGGGCAGGGCCUCCGGAUGACUGUAUAUACAGACAGCUGAUAUGCCUUCGCCACGGCCCACGUCCAUGGGGCAAUCUAUAGGGAGAGGGGCUUACUCACCGCCGAGGGAAAGGACAUCAAAAACAAGGACGAAGUUCUGGCCUUACUAGCAGCCAUCUGGGCCCCUAAGAAAUUGGCCAUAGUCCACUAUUCUGGACACCAAAAACCAAGCCAUCCAGUCUCUAGGGGAAACAAUUUUGCUGAUCAGACUGCUCGCCAAGUAGCCUGUAGCAAAGUCCCAACGAUACCAAUACAACUACCCAACCCGGGACCCCGAGAACUGCCACCUCAUCCGGAAUACUCCGAAAAAGACAUCGCAUGGAUGAGUAAACUCCCAAUGGCCCAGGUUAAGGAUGGCUGGUGGCAAGAUAUGAAAAAUAACAUCAUCCUCCCCGAGGCCAUGGGACAAGAAGUUCUAGAGCGAAUUCACCAAACAACUCAUUUAGGUUCCAGACGGCUACAGGACCUUAUGCGACAAUCCAAACUAUCUAUCAGAAACGUCGUUGAAAAAAGAAUUGCCACUGGAUGUGCAGCUUGCCAACUUCAAAACGCCUGCCCACACUCCUCUAUAACCGGAUCCCGAGAGAGGGGAACCCUGCCGGGAGCCUAUUGGGGAAUAGACUUUACAGAGGUAAAGCCUGGGAAAUAUGGCUAUAAGUACUUACUGGUGUUUAUAGAUACCUUUUCAGGAUGGACUGAGGCUUUUCCAACCAAGCAUGAGACUGCACAGGUGGUGGCAAAGAAACUACUCGAAGAUAUUCUGCCCAGCUUUACAACGAGUCCAUAAACGUAUUUGGCCAAGACUAAGGGACUUA